UCCUCGGGGCCCGUCCCUCACUUUCCUUGCGUGGGCCAUGGCCGAUCGCGAGAAUUUCCGCUGGCCGGCGGUUGGGUUGGCUCUCGCUGGGGGUGCGGCGUCCUUCGCCUGGUGGUGGCGACGACGACGCGACCCGUUCGGCUUCGACCGGGCGCUCGACCGAAGCGGCACCAAUGCGGUGAAGUACGACCUGGCGCCGCUGAUCCACGGAGCCAAGGCCAAGGAUGGGAUUCAGCUCUGGGUGGCGGACAUGGACUUCCCCUGCUGCGAGCGGAUCCGAAAGGCGCUGGCAAAGCGUGUGAGGCAUCCGAGCUUUGGGUACACGUGUCAGCCCUCAGAGAUCUGGCAGCGAAUUGGCCGCUGGCUGGUGGAGCGUCAUGGCUGGCCAAAGGCGCCGGCGCCCGACUGCUUCAUCUACUCCUCCACCGUGGUGACCAGCGUGAGCAGCAUCCUCUACAGCCUGACGCAGCCUGGGGACAAGGUGCUCACCAUGGUGCCGCUGUAUCCCCCGCUGCAGGGCAUCGUGAAAGCGGCGAAGCGGAGCUUGGUGCACCACAAGCUGCGCUGGGAGAAGGGGCGCUACGAGAUGGACAUGGAGGUGUUGAAGGCCCAGCUUGAUGGUGUCAAGGUGCUGAUUCUGUGCAGCCCCCACAACCCCGGGGGCCGCGUCUGGACGCCGGAGGAGCUCGCGGCGCUGGCGAAGCUCUGCGCGGAGCUUGAGGUGCUGGUGGUGGUGGACGAGAUUUGGGCGGACUGGUGCUUCAAGGCCUUCACCAGUUUCGGGCCGGCGGCGCAGCGCGCGAAGUGCCGAAGCAUCACCGUGGGGUCCUGCUCGAAGACCUGGAACUUGGCGGGGCUCCAUUGCUCCUACAUCAUCAUCCAGGACGAGGAGCUGCGGAAAAGAUACAUGGACUACGCGGAGCCGCAGUUUCUCCACUUCGGCAACAUCAUGGGCACAGAGGCGCUGCGGGUCUGCUACGACCAGGGCUUGGAGUGGCUCCUGGCGGCCAAGAGCUAUGUGCUCGCCAACUUCCGGGUGCUGGAGGACUUCCUGCGGCAGCUGCCCGAGAUUCAGCUGGCGCAAUAUGAGGCCAGUUACUUGGCCUGGCUGGACUGCUCCGGGCUGCGGUUCAGCAGCGGCAAGGAGCUGCAUGGCUUCAUGCUGGAGGCACGCGACAAAGGGCCGAAGGUGGUUGCAAGCCAUCCGUUCUCCGUGUCGCUUCGGCUUCGGCGCAUGGCCAUGACGAGCCCCACGCUGCGGCUCUUCAACACGCUGCUGGUGACGAUGCUGGCGAUCUUGGUGGGCCUCGUGUGCGUGCGCCUGCAGCUCUUAAGGCCCGGGGAGGGGGACCUGAAGGGCAUGGGCUUCUUCGUGGGUUCCAUCGCCUUCCCGCUGCUCAUCUUCUCCACCGUGGCCACGGCCGACAUGGGCCAGAUGGACUUCGGGGUGAUCGGCGCCUGCAGCCUGGGCAAGAUCGCGGUGAUGGUUUUGACCUGGGUCCUGGCCUUUGUAGCCUUCCAGCCCAAGCGCAGCAGGGGCCAGAGGAUUCUGACGGCCUCCGUCUUCGCCUUCUUCGCCGUGGCCUCCAACGACUUCGCCCUGGGCUUCCCGGUGAUCGAUGCCCUCUACGGGGAGAAGCAGAACAUGAGCGUCUACAUCGCGGGGAACUCCUUGGUGGGCUCCUUUGUCUUCGUGCCUCUGACCAUGAUCGCCUUCGCCAUCGGCGGCGCCCUGAAGUCCAGCACUGGAGACGCGGAGGCCGCCUCCUGCUUGAACAUCUUCAAGACGGUCAUGUACGACCUGGCCACGAACCCGGUGAUCGUGAUGACCUGCGCCGGGCUUCUCUUCAAGGGAGUGCUCGGCCAAACUCUGUCGCACGAGGGCGGCAAGCUCAAGCUACCCAUGCCACUCUCGAACCUGGUGGACCUUUUCACGGCUCCCUUCGGCAUGUGCGCCUUGUUCCUCACGGGCACGUCUCUGCGCUCCCCGAAGAUUGCGGUUUGGGCGGUGGGCUUGGUCCUCAUGAAGGUCGUGGUGUGCGCGUACCUCAGCUAUGCCUUCGGCACGCUUUUGCUGGGACCUGCGACAACAGAGAAGGAGAAGAUCCUGCGGGACUUCACCUUCUUCUACGGAGCCAUCCCCACCUCCUCGGCGCCCAUCGUCUUUGCCAACCAGUUCGACCCAGAGGCGCCUGACGCCUGA